AUGUCACAGGAGGAAACAGAAGCAUCAGACUGCACAUACAGCGACGAAGCUGAGGCCCAUCGCCAGCAAUCGGUACACGUAUCUACCCUCGGUAACACCGAGCCGACCGCUGAAACUGUCGCUGGCACUAUUGCGACUACUCAGGCUUCUACUUCCUGCAACAAGGCCUCACCGGAACCCAGGGAUGCACAGGUCGGAAAUCUCUUUCGGAGCAGAGAUGCCCCUUCCUUCUUCGGUUCAUCCUACUUCGGACCCCAGGCUGCAGCCAAGAUAAUUGAAGAACCUGCACCAGAUCUCUCAUCUGGCAUUCGUCACGCAUCAGCUUCAGCGCAGUCUUUCCGAGAUGUUGGUGGCCCUUUUUCACAAAUCUGGGACCUACUAGGCAUAUUGCCUCGAAACAAAGCCAGUGUUGACCGAUUAGUUGAUGUGUUUAUUAUCGAGCUCAACUGGACCAUUGACGCAAUCCAUCCUGCUUCAUUCAAGACCAGGUAUGCCGAGUUUUGGGAGCGCAAGUUUGGCUUUGAUGACUACGCAUCCAUCGACUUGCGUUGGCUGGCAUUGCUAUUCAUCAUCCUUGCUUAUGGAGUCUUCUUAGACUGCCCACACCCGAAGAACGCUGAAGUUCAGCGAGACUUGCAGGAAACAUCUCUUCGAUUCUACUGGGCUUCCCGAAGAGCAAUUGUGAUCGCGCCGACAUUCUACGGCGAGUCAACAGAUCUUGUCCGCGCUGGCGUCUUAGUAACGCGCUAUCUCAUACACAUGCGACGAGUCCCAGAGUCCUGGUUGACGACCAGUUUCGCUAUGCGCAUGGCCCAAGCCCAAGGCAUGCACAUUGAUGGCGAGCGAUGGCGACUUCCGCGAAAAGAGACUGAGACUAGAAGGCGACUCUGGAGUCAUUUGUAUACUUUAGACAAGACAAUUGCGUUGGCCAUUGGCCGUCCAUUUGCAAUUGUGGACCAGCAAUGCCUCGUCCAACGAGCAACCAAUGUCUGGCUAGAUGACGAGCCAGAAGAACGUGCUGCGGCUCUGCCCGUACUGCCAAUUUCCGAGCCCACCCUAAGUGUCUAUAAUUUCCUAGCUCAUGAUUUAGCAAAAAUUAUUGGUAAUAUUCAAGAACGCUGCUUCGGCCUGUCGACAUCCUCGUAUGACACUGUUCUUUCCCUGGAUCGGGAAAUUCUUGAAUGGGCAGCCAAAUUACCGGAGUACUAUCGCAUCAAAGACUCUGAUACUUCGCAAGAUGGUGUUCACCCAUUCAUACAUUGGAAUCGCUUAUACCUUCACUCCAUGUACCACUUUGCUCGCGUUACACUCCAUCGCCCAUAUCUGCUGCGCCAAAGUAUUACAAAUCGUUUCCGACACAGUCACGAUGCUUGCAUUUCAUCAGCUUGUGCUGACCUUGCAAUGCGUAUCGACUAUCUUCAGCAGCCCUUGCACGACCGUCUGAAAUGGAGUUUGGGACCUCAUCAUCUAUUCAACAGCGCGCUAGUCCUGGGAAUCGUUGCUGUCAAAGAUCCACACUCGUACCAAUGCGACGCGAUAUUAGAAGAUCUCACUGCUUAUUGCGACAUGCAACGCGGAGACAUCUGGCUGAAUGAGUUUGCACUUGCAGAAGUCAAGAUCAUUGAACUUUGUAUCAAGAAGUCAAAACAAUUUCGUAAAAGUCGUGGCAGCAGCAAUAGAGCAAGUACAUCACUUGGACCGCGAUACAGCGCGACAGUGGACCCUCCAGCUACUGCGUACGCCGGAGAACAAAAUGAUGCCAACAACUUUGUCUCACCAGAAACAAUAAACAGCUCAGAUGAAGUACCAGGUUUACUCAGUUUUGGUGCAGGAGGUCCGUUUCAAUGGCAAGCGCCUCCUUGGGGCGAUCCAUCUACAGACCUGCAGCAAUGGGAGCAUGUUCUCGACAGCAUCACUCAAGAACAGAUGCUUUUUGGAUUUCAAUAA